GUGGCUUAAACUUUUAUCGUGAGGGCUGUGAAAUUGAGUUUGUGACACGAAUAUGUCCAAAACAAUACUUUAAAUAGGACACACGAGGGCAUGUUUACAGCUUAGGUGAGCUGUAACCAUUUCCAUGCUAGCUUAGCGGAGUUAGCCGGUGGCACGCGGAGAGAGAGCCUUCCAGCGCGUGCUGAGGAGCAAAGUUUGAGCAGCGAGGUACGCGCUCAACAACCUCGUAGCAACUGGAGACGGCAGAGCCGAGACGUCGCUCAAGAGAGAGAGAAAAAAAACACACAAACAAACAAACAAACAAACAAAAAGAAUGACAGCCAACAAGCCAAGGAGCGUGCUCCGCGAAGCCUCCCAUCAGAUUAUGGCCGGUGGAUCCGCUGGUCUGGUAGAGAUCUGCUUGAUGCAUCCACUUGACGUUGUGAAGACGAGGUUUCAAAUCCAGCGAGGAUCGAGUGACCCCACCAGCUACAAGAGUCUACGAGACUGCUUCCGCACGAUUUUCCGCAAGGAAGGAAUCCUUGGCUUCUACAAGGGAAUCCUGCCUCCGAUUCUGGCAGAGACGCCAAAGCGAGCAGUGAAGUUUUUCACCUUUGAGCAGUACAAGAAGGUGCUGAGUCUGACCCCUUUGUCUCCUGGUGUGGCGCUGUCGGUAGCAGGCCUCGGCUCAGGGGUGACUGAGGCCUUCAUCAUCAAUCCGUUCGAAGUGGUGAAAGUCAGUCUCCAGGCCAACAGAGACUCAUUCGCAGAGCAACCCUCCGCUUUCGCCCAAACAAGACGUAUUAUCAAGUCAGGUGGCUUUGGAUCGAGAGGUCUGAAUAAAGGGUUAACCUCAACACUGGGACGCCAUGGAGUUUUCAACAUGAUCUACUUUGGCUUCUACUUUAACGUCAAGGAUGCGAUCCCUGCCAACCCGGACCCCAGGUUAGAGUUCCUGAGGAAGUUUGCUAUUGGCCUGACGUCUGGGACCAUCUCGUCAUGUGCAAAUAUUCCCUUUGACGUAGUAAAGAGCCGCAUCCAAGGGCCCCAGCCGGAACCAGGAGUGAUCAAGUACCGCACCUGCUUCCAGACCAUGGCACUGGUGUACCGCGAAGAAGGCUUCUUGGCUCUGUACAAAGGCUUGGUUCCUAAGAUAAUGAGACUUGGACCAGGUGGAGGGGUGAUGCUGCUGGUCUACGAAUAUAUGUCGAAGUGGUUGCAGAAACACUGGUAACGAGAAAACCACAGAAGAGAAACAAAAGCCUGUAAUUCCUGUUCCAAAUUUAUUCCUCAUUGACAGAAUUGGUGACUCACCACGAAGCCUUUGGUUUUGCUUUUUUGUUGUUUUUUUUCUAAGAUUCAUAAAAAUACCAAAACAGUGUUUCCAUAUUCGGGCGAUGCAUCUGUCUCACUAAUAAAAGUUGUGUAAACCAGUAGCACAAUAGGUUUUCAUCACCAAAAAGUAUUUCUAUUUUUUAUUUCAUCAGUUCCAGAAUAGACAAAGCUGUGCAAACUUUAUAAAGUGACCUUUGUAAUGGAGCUCUAAAUUUAUUAGUCAAAAUAUCAGGUUUUUUUUUUUUUGUACUACUCUGUUUGUCCCCAACUUGUUUAAAAUGGAUCAGAGUUUGCUUUUUGUUGUUUUUUGUUUUGUUUUUAUUUUUAUUUUACAAAAAUGGACUGAAUAAAUAGGUAGUUCCCUUCA